CGAUUCCACUAAGGGUUGAUUUUCUUCGUCUGCUACAAUGGCAGGAAAUCGGCUGGUGCCUCGAUAUGCGCAUACUGACGGACUAACCAGGCUUGCGUAUACAGUAGAUGGUACCUUUUUACUUACCGUUGGAUCCAAUUUGGUAAUUCGAAAGUUUCAGGUCGGUUCUGACGAAGAACCUGAAUCCAUAGACAAUCAUCAAGAUCCCAUAACUGGGAUUGCUGUUUCUAAAACCCACUUUUGUACCUGUUCUGAGGAUGCAACUAUCUGCAUAUAUCCCAUUAAUAACUCUUCAGAACAUACCCUGUUAGCAAGGACAACACUUCCAGUGCGUGACAUUGCAUAUUCUAUCGAUGGAGAUUGGAUUGCUAUUGCCAGUGAUGAAACAGCAGUAAAGCUUGUCAAUACGAAAGAACCAACGCAAAUUCAUUCUUUACGUCCUUCCAAAACUUCAAACAAACAUGUGUCAUUCAGUCCAAAUGAAAAGUUUCUUGCCAUAUCCAGCUGCAAUGGUAUUCUUUAUUUUUACGAUAAUCAGUCCAGAAGUCUUUUAAAAUUUUUAACAAACACAAUCUUGUCCGUUGAAGGCGAUUCCGACCUCACUAGCAAAGCAAUUUGGCACCCCUCUGAUGGUACAUUUGCUGUAGCCAAUUCUGAAAAUCAGGUAGCUAUAUUAUCUACUGAUGAUUGGCUUGCUCUCUACAAGCUAACUCCAAAAGAAAACUACUCUUCUAUAACAGAUAUCGCUUGGUCAAGCAAUGGUCGUUUUCUGGCUGCUUCUUUCCGCGAUAAGGGUAUACUCAUAUGGGAUACUCUAUCUAAGGAAAUAGUCUCUGAACAUCAUUACUCGAACGUGGUUGCUUUGGCUUGGCAGCCUUUUGCUAAUGUGUUGUCUUUCACUACAAAUCAAGGCGUUCUUUACAAUUGUCCGGAAGUAAUUCCUUUUUCAGGAUCCAUUACUGAAGCCGACUUUCAAAAAAGCACUCAGCUCACGAAUGGUCAUAAGAAACGCGUUAUUUUGGAUGAAGACGAAGAAGAGUUAUAUAGAAACCAAAAUACUAACGAAAAUGCUGCUGCUGCUGCUGAUAUCACAAACGGCGAAGAAGAUUUCGGCGAUUUUAACGAAAAUGCUUUGGAUGACCCCUUGGAUUUGGAUGGUGAUAGUUACAUGGUAAAUGAAGAUGAGUUAGAAGUAGCUAAGAAAAGGAAGGCGCGUCCCAUACAUGGCCAUCAACCCGUUUCCUUUGAAGACGGUGCAAGGAAGCGUCGCCUACUGCAGUUUGCUGUCCAUAAGCCAGUAUAUGCUGGAAGUACACCGUGGCAAGGAAACAGACGCUAUUUAUGUCUGAAUUUGGUAGGAUGUAUAUGGACCGUUCAACAGGACGACGGCCAUAAUACUAUUACCGUCGAAUUUCAUGAUGAGUCAAAUCACCGAAAAUAUCAUUUUCCAGAUGACCAAAGGUUUGAACUGGCUUGUUUGGAUGAGGAAGGAGCCUUGUUUUCUGCUCCAGCUACUGAGCAAUCACCAGGUGUUAUAUACUACAAACCUCAUGUCGAUUGGUCUCGGCGAUCUGAAUGGGCAUUGAUGCUUCCGAUGGAAGAUGAAAGUCCCAUUAGCAUAGCACUAAGCUCUAGUGUAGUUGUUGUUUGUACAACUAGCGGUUAUGUGCGUAUUUAUUCUCGCACGGGAUUUCCUAUAAGUAUUUAUAGGAGUAAGCAACUACCCUUUGUUGCUUGUUCUGCUUAUAAAGACCUUGUUCUGAUAGUUGCGAACGGCGGUGCCGCUGCUGAUGGGACUCCUCAAUUGGUCUAUACAAUUGAAGACAUAAGCAAGAAUUAUGUCUAUCAAUCCAAUGAUGGAUUGGCUCUCCCACCUGCAGGCGAGCUUUUAAGCAUUUUCUUUUCAGAUGUGGGCGAUCCAUACAUGUAUGAUUCAGAUGGUGUUCUCUUGGCCUUGCUUCAUUGGAGAACUCCUGGUCAGGCUAAAUGGGUACCUGUGCUAGACACAAAUGAAUUGGAAAGACGUAAAUCGAGACAAGAGUCCUAUUGGCCUGUAACAGUUGCAGAUAAUCAGUUCCAUUGCAUUCUACUAAAGGGAAGUGCUCGUUAUCCUUACUUCCCUCGUCCUAUGUUUACCGAAUUUCCAUUCCGGAUUCCUUGCACUGUAAUGACUCCUGAUGCUCCUACUUCUGUUCCUUCUUUAGAAGAAUUGCAGCUUCGAAACGUAAUUUUGUUGACCUUAACCGAAGAAGCAAUUGACGAAGGGAAUGUUAGUCAAGAACAACAGCUGCAAGUAACUAAGCUUGAAGCUAAUAUUGACAAAGCUUUAUUGCAAUUAAUUCAAAAGGCCUGUACGGAAGAAAAGCUUGAACGUGUUCUGGAAUUAACAAAGUCCUUAAGAAGAACACCUAGCAUAUUGGCAGCUCAGAAAAUUGCUUUGCAUCAUUCCCUUACGCAAAUUGCAGAAAAGAUCGGUACCCUUCUUCCUGCUGCUUAAAAGUUCUACUUUUUGUACAUUAUUACGGAAAAUUACUCGCUCUUUUUUGUAUUCCCUGUAUAGUGCUAUGUGUAAUCCAUAUUUUAUUUAACGCCUAGUUGUAAUAUUACAAUGAAACAUUUCCUUUAACAUACUCUAUAGUUUUGGUCUGAACAUCGUUUCCAAGUUAUGCAAUACCCAAGGCUUUUUUUACAAACGUUGUUCCAACCAUUUUCGUUUUUACUUACUUCUAUAAAUUAC